AUGGAACUCCGUAUCAGCUCGGAAUAUUGGCAAGUUAUUGAUCGCUCCGACUUCCAUGGGCCAUCCCAGCUGGACAGGCUCAUUUCUUCGGAAACGGUCGUGGGCGUUCCUCCCCGCAAAGGCGCCAAGCCUUCCGCUUGCUACAUUCCGUCCCCUUGCAGGACUCGGAUCGUUGAUGAUACCAGCGAGCCACCAAUCAACUACAUGCCAGAAAGGACGGCCCGAGGACGUAACUCUGAUGAAGAGAUCGUCCAGUCUUUGCAGACAUUCCCGGGUUUGAUCGUCCUCGCCUUUGUGCAUGGCGUGCGACCUGAUUGA